UUUUUCUUCUCAGUUUUUAAGAACGUGGAACACAACUGUGAGCGCAACAACGUGAACCACCACACCAGUGAUGUCACGGUCAAGGAGCUGCUCGUGAGGCGGGGCCAACCCUUCACUCUGAACCUCGAGCUGUCCAAGCCCUUCACCCCUGACCGCCAUCCGCUGACGAUCAGUGGACUGACAGGCUCAAAUCCCUCCAAGGACCUGGGGACAUCCUUCGUCUUACGUAUUCCACCAAACCAAUCAUUAUUAUCGAAGGUAAUGUGGAAGGUCAAACUGAAGAAGAAAUCCUCCUCAGCGAAGGGAGACCUGCGCCUGAAGAUUACCCCGCCAGCAAAUGCCCCAAUAGGGGAGUACAUACUGACGGUGUCACACCGGGGCGAGGAGACCUUGCUGGCGAUGCCGGUGGUGCUGUUCAACCCCUGGUGUCCCGACGACACCGUGUUUCUCCCUGACGAGGAGAAACGGCAGGAGUACGUGAUGAACGAGCAGGGAAUCAUCUACAAAGGAAGUGGAAACUACAUCACGCCCAUGGACUGGAACUUUGGACAGUUUGAGCCUGACAUGGUGAAGAUCUGCAUGAAGAUUCUGGAUAUGAACAACAACCACGGCGAAGACCCCGCUAAAGAUGUUUCCUCGCGCUGUGAUCCCAUCUACGUGGGCCGCGUGGUCAGCGCCAUGAUUAACAGUGAGGACGACCACGGUGUUCUGAUGGGAAGGUGGGGAGGUUCGUAUGCCGGUGGAUUCCGUCCCUCUCACUGGAACGGAAGCCACGCCAUCUUGAAGAGCUGGUUUAACAUUGACUGCCAUCCGGUCAAAUACGGCCAGUGCUGGGUGUUCGCUGGCGUGAUGUGUUCAGUUAUGCGUCUGCUGGGCAUCCCCUGUCGUGUGGUCACCAACUUCAACUCGGCCCACGACACCAAUAAGAACCUGGUCAUCGACAUGUACCAUGCUGACUAUGGUGUUGCUCCCAAAGAUUCACGGGACAGUGUUUGGAAUUUUCAUGUGUGGGUGGAGGGGUGGAUGAAACGUCCCGACCUGGCAGAAGAUGGGAAAUAUGACGGCUGGCAAGUUUUGGAUCCAACACCCCAAGAGAUGAGUGAUGGUCUUUACUGCUGUGGUCCGGCCCCAGUUAAAGCCAUAUUGAUGGGGGACGUUGACCUUGAAUAUGACGUCCCAUUUGUCUUCGCUGAGGUCAACGCAGACUGUAUCGACUGGCUGAUCAAAGCCGAUGGCACGAAAAUGAAGAUCUACUCCGAUACCGAGAGGGUGGGUCAGAACAUCUCCACCAAGUCUGUGGGCUCCAACAAGAGGAGGAACAUCACCGACUGCUACAAGCACAGAGAGGGGUCGGACAGAGAGAGAGACGUCUACAAAUAUGCUCUGACCAGAGACUUCACCAGAGAAGAGGAGGACGAUUUGGUGGGGGUAGAGGAAGGGGAAGAGGCGGAGGAGAGCAUGGAAGCGGGAGGGGCGGAGGAGAGGAACUCAAAUUUGAACGUCAACGCUGAGAGCACCGGGGGUGGAGGAACAGAUGUGGUCACUCCUGGCGUCCCUCCUCCACCUCCCCCUCCACCUCCACCUCCACCUCCACCCGUCUACAUGCGUUUUGAGGAGGUGUCUAAGCCAAUAAACGGAAAGGAUGUAGACCUGAAGCUGGUGCUUAACAGCAAGAGCACCGAACCCAGGCGGCUCUCCAUCGUUGUCAGUGCCCAGGUGAUGAACUACAACGGCUCAUCGGCGGUGAACAUCAUGAUGGAGGAGAAGGAGGAGACGGUGCCGGUUGGCAAAGAUCUUUCCUUACCUAUCCUGAUCCCAUUCUCAACCUACCACAAGUACAUGAUGGACGGCGACAACAUCAAGAUCUCAGCUGUGGUGACGGACAUGGAGAAUCCGGUGAACAUCUACCUGGCUGAGGACAACGUCGUUCUCCAGGAACCGCCUCUCGCCAUCGUCGCGGUUUCCACUGAGCUCAGUGUGAACAAGAAGGCAGAGGCUGUGGUGAUUUUCAAGAACCCGGUGAAGGAGGAGCUGCAAGAGUGCAUGCUGUCCCUGUCAGGGAGUGGGUUGCUGAAGGACGAGGUGGUCCACAAACUUCCCAAUCUGCCGCCGGACAAACUAUUACGUUGCACUGUUCAAUUCGUUCCCUACAAAACUGGGCAAUUGAAACUGUUGGUUGACUUUGACUGCUCCACCUUCAGAGACAUCAAGGGCAGCAUCGACUUCACCGUCAUUCCAUAAGUUCUGACCUGCGACCAUCUGAAUUGAUGUGUUCAGGACACGGCUUUCUUUUCUUUUCUUUUAAACAUGUUUUUGUUUCUGGGAUUGGAUUAGAUAAUCUGGAUUUAAAUGAGGACCAAUCACAGCCCAGCGCUACACGCUGUCUGUGGUGUUGUAUGUUGUGUUUUUCUAUUUCCCUCGGAGAGAAGCAGCACUUUAGUGUCCACUCGACAAAAUUCAACAAGCUUUGAAUUCAAUUAAUUUCACCCAAAAUAAAGUCAUUCAUUUUUAAACUAAUUUACUUUAAGUCAAUCCCAAGCUUUUCAAAACACCACUGUACCUUUAAAACUCAACAAGGAGUUCAGUUAAAUGAAGAAAAAAAAAAAACCAAACAGUUCUCUUUAAUGAAUUCUCCUACUGUUCCUUAGAAAAGUGACCUCUGCUGGACACACUGAGAAGUGCUGAUGUCAUCUGCUCUUCGUUCUCUAAAAUAGAAA